CAGUAUGGCUGCUCUCUGCUGUGUUUAAAGGACAAAGCUAAAAAGUGUGUACAAAGGGGUCAUUUCCGACAUGGGCAACCCUUUAAGGGGUGAGGUCGUCAGGCUGUAUAAAAAUCUGCUGUUUCUCGGCCGUGAGUACCCGAAGGGAACAGUUUAUUUCAGAGAGCGUCUGAAGGCGGCUUUCAUGAAGAAUAAAGACGAGACUGACCCGGAGAAGAUCAAGAAGCUGGUGGCCAAGGGAGACUUUGUGAUCAAGGAGCUGGAGGCUCUCUAUUUCCUCAGAAAAUACAGAACCUUGAAGAAGAGGUAUUAUGAGCCUGAAGAAUGAUCACACGAAAA